UUUCAGAAAAUGUGCAUCUUCUCAGCAUGUGGUCAAAUUGUCUUUGGAGUUGUGAUGGUUGGUUGUUUAAUACUCACAGCUGUCCCGACAUUCAGUGGAAAGAUGCUCAGAUGGGAUUGUAUAAAAGACAUCAAGAACUGUGAGGACAUAACGGACCAUGAGGGCUAUAUGAAAACUGUAGCGAUAUUCAUGUGCUUGGCAUUGUUGUUCGAAUUAAUUGCUCUGGCUUGGAAUUUGUUCGUAUUCUGUGCAUGUUGCUGCAAAAAGUAUCUGAUACAUCCGUUGGCUAUUCUUUCGCUCAUUGCCACCAUUAUGCUUUUGAUUGCGGUGAUCGUCUAUGGAGUGAACAACAAAGAUAGUAUGCAGAAGCUCGAAGAUAAGAGCAAAGACCAGUACGGCUACUCAUUCUGGCUGUCGAUCUGCGCUCUUGUACUGGCCGCUGUCGACACGGUAAUCGCAGCCGUAACGGUGUGCUUAGGAACGCGGGGACUGUAGGAAGACAGCAAAAUCUACGAAAAUAAGUGAUCUUACGAUCUGACUCUAUUCGUCAAAAGAAAUAAUCUGUAAAAAUUUCUCUUUACAUUAAUUUUGCAUUGGAGAUAAGUUUGUGGUCAAUGCACUGACUUAAGAAAUAUUGCCUUGGUCAUGUUUUGAAUUUUGCUGCACAGCACAAAAAAUUCCAAAGGCUAUUCCCGCACAAGGUGGAUCGUUUAUCGUCGCGAAGCGGGCGCGAACGCGGCAAUGGGAUGGCUUACUUGCCGGAGCCCUUGGUAAAGAGGCUCGAGGACGAUAACCGCUCGCGCGCCGCGUUCGCGCACACUCACCUUAUUUGGGCAUUCGCCUUCGUUCAGAAGUUGCUUAUGAUUGUGCAGUAAACUUUAUAUUACUUCCUAAUCUACUCUCAACUUGGGUAUGUUUUACGAACUCCUACCUACAAUUGAAAACUAAAACUCAUCCAGUCCUCAGAUAGUUUAAACCGAUUCAAGUAAAAUAAUACUUUCACUGUAAUAAUAACACUCCAGACACUCUACUUUGUCAACACAUAUCUCUUUCACAUUCUUAUACUAUAUGUGCCAAAUUGUUACCCAGCCUUCAAAUUGUCCGUCUAGGAAAGCCUUUUGAAAUCACUUGUGAGCCUCUUCGGGUUUUGAUUGUGAGCAUUUUGUAUGUUAACAUCUGUCGCAGUAAAAUUAACAUCCUUUCAGUAUUUGUUGAGGUUUUUACGCUUUAUCGCAAUCUGUUUCAACUGUGAUAUGUAUAGAAAUGAAAUGUAACA